AUGAGCAACAACUUUGACAUGAGCUUUGUGGCCUUCCAGCCCGCCCAGGACCAGCAAGUUCAGGGGAACAACGGCCUCGUCGAAGGCCAGAACCUGUACAGCGCUGGGGGGCAAGUGCAGCCGUUGCCCGAUGACGACGUCAUCUUUGUCGAGCAACAACAGCUGCAGCAACAACAACAACAGCGACAACAGCAGCAGCAUCUGCAACAACUGCAACAACAACAACAGAUGCAGCAAAUGCAUCUGCAACAACAACAGUUGCAGCGGAUGUGCGAGCAGGAGCAGCAGCGACAACAGGCCUGGCUGCACGGCAGCCCGAACUCGCAGGCGUUUUGGCAGCCGCGGCAGCCACCAGCACUGCCGGCAUUCCUGCCACAGCAGCAGCAGCAUCAGCAGCCGCAGCCGCAGCACCAGGGGUGGCCGAACUACCACUUCCAGGUGCAGCAGCCAUCAUGCCCGGCACCAUACCCGGGACCGAACCCGGCACCGCACCCGGCAUUACAGCAUCCACAGUACCCGGUGCAGCCACAAUAUCCCGGGCUGCCACAAUUCCCGAUGCGGCCACAGCUACCGGUACAGCCACAGGUCCCGAUACAGCCACAAUACCCGGUGCAGCCAAUGCAGCCAAUGCAGGCUUAUCAGGGGUACUCGCAGCCCCCACAGUGGCCACAACAGCCACCACAGUGGCCACAACCACCACUACAGGGGCUGCAGGCACCACCACCACCAUCACAGCUGCAGCCGCAACCCCAACCGCAACCGCAACAGCAACAGCAACAGCAACCACGACCACGACCACGACCACAAAGGGCUCGGCAGCCAAGGAAGCCACGGCAGUCACGGCGAGCAACUUCACAGUCGCGGACUCCAGCGCCACAGCAGCCGGAGCCGCAAACGCCACAGCAGCCAGAGCAGCAGCCACAGCAGCCUCAGUCGCCUCAGCCGCCUCAGCCUCAGCCUCUACCUCAGCCUCAGCAGCAGCAGCAGCCACAACAACAACAACAACAACCACAGCAACCGACUCCUCCUAUAGGAGACGUUGAAGCGGCCAUGCUCCAAGCCUUCCGCCAGAUGGACGCCGAGGAGGAGGAGGAAGCCCAAGGAGAUGACGAAGUAGUAGUCGUCGACCCGUUCGACGAACUACGAGCUGCUCGUCCGGGUCUCAGGACCCCAGUCAACUUCCCGCUCCUCCUUCCUCCAAUGGCUAUCUGGCAUGAGGGAGUUGCUCGAGACAAAGAGGACAAGGACAAGGACGACAACGACAACGACAACGAUGGCGACGACGCACCGUCGGCGAAUUGA